AUGAGUCGAUCGGCCGAGAAUAUCUUGGUGCAAGUGGCCAAUGUGAAGCACAAGAAGAACGAUGGCACGCUCUAUCUGAUGAGCGAGCGACUGGCUUGGAUGAUGAAGUCCAAGUCGGACGCCUUCAACAUCGUGCACAAGUACGGCGACAUCAAGACGCAGAAGAUCUCGCCCGAGGGCAAGAGCAAGAUCCAGUUGCAAAUCGUGCUCCACGAUGGCAGUUCCACGUCGUUCCACUUCGUCAAUCCCGAGGGUCAUGGAACGCAAGUGGCGGAACGAAACAAUGUCAAAGAGAUGCUGGUCCAGCUGUUGCCGCGAUUCAAGCGCAAGGUUAACAAGGAGCUGGAGGAGAAGAACCGCAUGUUGUCCGAGAAUCCCGGACUGCUGCAGUUGUACAAGGAUUUGGUCAUUACGCAGAUCAUAACCACGGAAGAGUUUUGGGCUCAGCACGCUCAGAAGGCGGUGGCAGGGGCCAAGGCCCAUGUGGGCCAAGGCGUGGGGGUGUCGGGCUCGUUUUUGGGCGACAUCAAGCCGCAAGCCGAUGGGGCCAAUGGCUUGAAGUAUAACCUGACACCGGAUAUCAUACAGUCCAUAUUCAAGACCUAUCCGGCCGUGAAGAAGAAGCAUAUGGAGAAUGUGCCCAUGAAGAUCACCGAGCAAGAGUUCUGGACCAAGUUCUUCCAAUCGCACUACUUUCAUCGGGACCGGGUGCACGGCCAUGGACUUAAGGAUAUCUUUACGGAUUGCGCCAAGGAGGACGAUAAGAGCAUCAAGGAGCAACUCAAAAGAGGUGUCAACGACACCGUGGCUAAUAUCAGUGCUUUCAGCGAUAACACCAUCGACGAAAACUACGGGGCCAGCGAGGCCGUUGUCAAGAAUGCGGCCAAUAUCGUUCAUCAGAGCAUCAUCAAGCGUUUCAAUCAGCAUUCCAUCAUGGUGAUGCGAGCCGCCGAGAGCCCUCUACCCCCUGCCGCCAAUGCGACCUCGACGACAUCGGGCGGUGCCAAUAAACCCACGGCUGUGAACAUCCACCCGCCCGCCAAUGGCUCUUCCAAAUCCGCCGCCCAGUCCGUGCCCGUCGUGGAUCCCGCCGUAGCGGGCAAACGGCUCCGGGAAAAGCUCGACUAUGAAGAUCUGGAAGCCCCGGCGCCCAAGAAGACGUCCGCCUUGAACCUGGCCAAAGUGGAACGCUAUCUCAAUGGUCCCACUCCGGCCCAACCCUCAGAGUUCCUGACCCAGGAGCAAAUCGCCCACUCGCGGCAAGUGAUACUCUCGAUGGUCCACGACUGGGAAAGUGCCAAUUGCACCCAGAUCCUGAGCCAAGCUCAAGCCGUUGGAGCUUUGGUGGAUCUCUCACCGGGCGGAAGCUUAAUGCAAAGUGGUCGACGAAACGAUUUGGCCGAUCAGUGUCCUCAAUCGGUUCAGAUCGAGCUUAGACAGUUGUACACGUCACUCUGUGAGCUGGCUCGGCAUUUCUGGGCGUGUUUCCCGCCCACCACGCCUCAGCUGCAAGACAAAGCCGCCAAGAUGUACGAGACUCUGAAAAAGUUUCAACAAGUCAAGUUGAGACCGUUCGAAAACGAGCUCGCUCGGAAUUAUACGAGUAUUAGUGGUCAGCUCACCAGUCACAUCAACCAAAUGCUCGAGUCUGCCUUCAGAAAAUACGCCUCAUGGAAACAGAAGAAAAUCCCGGGGCCAAAGAGGUGAUGCCCAUCCUAAUCUGCCAAGGUUUUCUUUUUUUAAGAUGCAGAGAAAAAUAUAUUUCAAAGAAGAAUC